AUGGACGCUCACUUUCCCAAAGAGUCCAACGGCUGCCCUCUGGGCUGUACUUGCGGAAGGGACAGCCGCAACAGACAGGUCGGUAUCGGGUGGAGGCUCAUACCUUUGGCAUGGUGGAGAAAAUUCAUUCAAACACCUGCCCCGAGGGCAAUUGAUGUGUUGGAAACCCCCGAUGCUUCCUACUUGCUUAUGACCCAAGUCCCAGGCCGUCCAAUCGGUCAGCUGUUUAACACGAUGAAGGGCAAGCAAGUGAAAAACGCUGUAACAGGCCUCAAACGGCAUAGCGCCGAGCUGCGAGCAAUCCCCAACGAAGCCAGCAUGUUUUCAAAUCUGCAAACCUGA